CUCCGGUUCGCGUGACGCGAACCGCCACGUGGGCCAAGCGAGCACUGGAGGAGAAAGUGGAGGAGAGGCUGGACAGGACAGCAGCCAAGAGCACGAGCACAGCCACAGGUACAAGGACGAGGCAAGAAGAGCAAGAGCAAGAGCAAGGCAAUCAGCUGCUGUAUCUCUUCCGUCACCCUUCCCACUCCAAGGCAGGCAAGGAGCUGAGUCGGGAGACCGAGCCGAGUCGGGAGACCGAGCCGAGUCGGGAGACCGAGCCGAGUCGGAGGCAGGGGACAGGGAAGACGGACAGAGCUGGGGACAGGGACAGAGCUGGAGACAGGAACAGAGCUGGAGACAGAGGGUUGGGAGCGAGAGAGCCUGUGAGCUAUGUUUCGUACCGCGUACUCUCUGCUGCCGCGCGGUCAUCAACUCGCACCACGUCGUGAUGAUGGUAGCUGUGAUGGUGGCUUUGAUUUUGGUUGCGGCUAUGGUUGUGGUUGUGGCGGAGGCCAAGACGACCUGCAAUUGUUAGGUUGCCAUGUUGGCCUGAGUCGGCGUAGCCGCCUGCGUCGGCGCGACAGCACUCAUCGCGACAGCAACGAGAUGGAGAAUGAGAGCAGCUGCGCGGGACGAUAUUGGGCUUUGCCGGCGUGCAGCCCACGUAAUGGAGCCCGGUCAUGGGCCGGUGAUGAGGGGCACACCGAUGGAAGGAGGAGGAGGGUGUGGAUUGGGCAAGUGGCCGAGCCUGAGAUUGUGAUGGUUCCGGCGUCGAUGGAGCCCACGGCGCGGUGGCUGGCGGCGAACAGGGUGUGGACCGUGCCGCUGCUGGCCGGCCUGGCCUCGGGCGUGACGGUUGCAGGGCUGUUCAAUCCGUGGGACCGUGCGCUGUACCUGUCGGUCAAGGACCGGACGCCGUUUAUCCAUCGCGGCAACUGGCUGCAGCCGUUCCAGGGCUUUACCUCUGCGGUGGUCCAGCGGACGCUCUCGGGCUCGUCGUGGUUCAUUCUCAACGACUGGAUCUUGGCACAGCUGGUGGCACGGCGGCUAGAGCUGGACCUGGCCACCCAGUCGCGCGAGGUGCGGCGGACGGUGACGUCGCAGGCGAUGCCGCUGGAGAUAUUUGCCGCCGCCAAUCUGGCUGGCGCGGGCAACGGCGCCAUUCUCAACUCGAUCUCUGUCGUCAAAUACCACAACUGGGGCAAGGAGAAUCCGGACAACUUUUUCCGCACUGCGCGGGCGAUGGUCCGUGCCCGCGGCGGCUCGCUCCGCCCGCUCUUCCGCGGCCUUGGCACCACCGUCCUCCGCGACAUCAUGUUCGGCGGCAUCUUUGCCUCGCUCCGACUCGUUCUUUCCGCGCCCGUCGACGAUCUUCUCCGCCCACUCGGCGCUGGCUCGGCGACCUCGUUUGUGAGUUCCAUGGUGGCGGCGGCGACGGCGACAUUGGCCUCGGCGCCGCUCAACUUUGUACGCAACAUGAAGUACGCCGCCCGCUUUGACCGCCGCUCGCCCACCAUUGCCGCCGUCCUCACAUCCCUCGCCCGUGAGAUGGCGGCGUCGCCGACCCCGCUCCGCUUCAUGCUCGACCGCUUCCGCGUUGGCUGGGGCACCGCCCGGGUCGCCAUCGGCAUGGCCGUCGGGUGGGAGCUGUACGAGCUCGCCAAGGCGUCUCUCGACUGUGUCCUUGACGCUGCCGAGGACUCGGACUGCGGCGAUGUCUAGUUGUUCAAGCGUGGAUUUCUUUCUUUGGCUCCUCGUCGAGCGCAAGAUACAUUUAGGAUGGAGGGGAGGCCGGCUGGUCUCAUGAGUCGUGCGGCCGGGCGUGUGCUGCCGGCCCGGGCGUGACCGGCGCGUA